CGGGACCUCGGCGCUCUAUAAACAUGGCCGCUAAGCUUUCAACUGUGUCAGUGACUGCGUUUGGUUGAAUUAGUUCGUACUUUGAAGAAGUCUCCCAUGGACAGUCCGCCCGCGGAGCAUGAGAAGAAAAUGUAGACGCAAACCGUCAUCAUUUAUGUCGUGUUACAGUCGCCCGACAACGCUUCUCACAAACUUUUGGAGCUUAGCAUAACCUGCUGCGCACCGAGAUGGAGGAGUGCCUUUGAAGACCGUCUUAAUGCUUUACAGACAGGCGUAUGGACUCUCUGCAACUUCCGGACCGAUUGAAUUUUUCGUCUGCCUGUAAACAAGUGCCUUUGGAGACACCCAUUUAGGAAUAUCGAGGAUAGGGCGGACAUAAACAAUGUUCUCUGUCAAACCCGUGAAGCCGACCUUCAAGAGCUAUCUACCGCCUGUGCAGAACGAUGUGAAAACCAUUGACCCCCCGAUUAAAAAGUUGGAGCCUCGUUUACUUCCAGGAGAGAUUGUUGUCAAUGAGGUGAACUUUGUGAGGAAAUGCAUCAGCAAUGACGGUAGUAAAGACGACCUCUGGGGGAAGUUGAUAUGUACCAACUUUAAGGUGUCUUUCAUCCCACAAGAAGCACCAACUACACAGAAGAACCAGUUGUCUCACUUGCUUCUUGGAGAGCAUGAUAUCCCUCUGACAUGUUUAGAUCAUGUGGUCACAGUGAAUGAUACCAAAGGGAAGAAGAAAGCAUUGGGCUCCAACCAAAAGCUCAAGUUCAACCCCACUGAGCUUCUACUAUAUUGCAAAGAUUUGCGGAUCAUCAGGUUCUGCUUCGAUGAGGCUGGGCCCGAGAGUGCUAAAAAGGUUUGCCUUGCUAUUGCUCACUACUCCCACCCAGCAGAUCUUCAACUACUGUUUGGUUUUGAGUAUCAAGGGAGGCGGUACCAUGAAGGCAAAGCCGAGCGAGUCAAUGGCGCCGGUCCACCACGACGAUUACAGGCGACCAUGUUUGACCGUCCGUCAGACUUGGAUCGAGAGGUCAAGAGGACAGGUGCCUCGGAGUGGAGGGUCUGUUCCAUCAACGAGAUUUAUGCUGUUUGCCCAAGUCUUCCAGAAUAUAUCGUCGUUCCAGUUUCUCUGGCCGAUCAAGAUUUGAAACAGUUAUCCAUUUGCUUCUACGAUAAUCGCAUUCCUCUCUGGUGCUGGAAUCACCCAAAUGGAAGUGCUCUCGUCCGCAUGGCCAAUAUCAGUGAUCCACUGCAUCAACGGAAGAUUGAUAUAAGAAUCUUCGGUGCCAUCGAAAAAAGCCACCCAAUGCAAAGCGAGGUCUUCAGGUCAGACCUGGACAAAUGUCUGCCUAACAUCCAGGAAAUUCAGAAUUCCUUUUCAAAAAUCCGACAGAUCUGUGUCAUAGAUCCUUUUGAAGAGUCCGAAGAAAGGUGGCUCUCUUCCAUUGAAAAUUCAAGAUGGUUGGAGUAUGUUCGUGCGUUUUUGAGGCAUUCUGCCGAAAUCGUCUACCAGCUGGAUGGAAAGAAUGUUUCUGUUGUCAUUCAAGAGGAGGAAGACAGAGACCUGAACUGUGUGGUGUCCUCCCUGGUGCAGCUCAUGUUGGACCCACAUUACCGAAGCAAAAAUGGAUUUCAAAGCUUAGUGCAAAAGGAAUGGGUGAUGGCAGGUCAUCGCUUCUUGGAUCGAUGCAGUCACCUCAAGAAGAACGACAGAGGAGAGUCUCCGUUGUUCAUGCUGUUCCUGGACUGUGUGUGGCAAAUGAUGAACCAGUACCCAGCAGCCUUUGAGUUCACCGAGACCUACCUGACUGUCUUGUGUGAUAGCAUGUGGAUUCCACUCUUCAGCACUUUCAUUUUCAAUUCCUCCAAGCAGAGAGCAGAGCAAUUAAUGGAUUUUGCCAGGCUUAAAGCCAUCCCUCAGGGAGAAGACCAGUCCAUUUAUUUCCCCCCAGUCUGGGAUUGGUCUCAGCAGUUCUCCAUUAAAGAUCAGACGCUCUUCAAUAACCCCAUGUAUGUGGGAAAGGGAGCAGCCUAUGUGCAAAAUGGAGAGGUGAAAUCCUUCAGACGGACCAAGAAGUACACUCCCUCAUUGCGUGGUUCCUCUACAUCUGCUCACAACGGACUGAGGAGUGGAUACGGCUCGCUGACUCGACAAGGCUCCUUUGUGUCAGAUUUUAAGUCCGAUUUGUCGCCGAUGAAAGACAUGGUCGAAAGCCCGUCCGAGCGCUACUUCCGAGAAUGGUUCUCUCGACCAGUGGAUCAAAAGGGUCUCCUGAUCCCCCUGUUCUCACCCUCGCACGUCUCCCUCUGGAGGCUUUACUUCUUGCGCUGGGUUCCCGAGGCCUGCAUAUCCAAAGGAGGAACCAUCACCACCUACCACAAACUCUCCCAGCUGGUCGACGAAAUUGAGACAUUGCAGAAUCAGCUGCGACAGUAUAAAGGUCCCAGUCCAGGCACUGCACCAGUUCCCAGCCCAUGUGAACCCACACCCAACCAAAGGAGAAUGUAUUUCAGGGCAAUCCCUCCGAGCAACACCCCAACACCACCAGAUUUUCUCACAUCCUCGUUUCCUUUUACACCCAUUGGAAACCUGUGCCGCCGAAAUCUGCCCGGGACCCCCAUCAGUAAAUUCCUGAACGGCGCCAAAUUCUGGCUCUCAACUGAGACUCUAGCUAACGACACUCUCUAAAUGUGGAGCGUCUGCCUAAAACUGAUGUUUUAACCUCUGCCUUUAAUUUAGUGAAAUAAAAUAGGACAGUUGUA